AUGCCUGGUCAGCAUGAGCGUGAUCCUUAUUUUCAGCCCUCUUCAACAUCCGCAUCCCACCUCUUGUCGCCGUCUUUAUCGAGUACCUCGGGCCAACCUUCGCAUGAUCCCGCGACGCCCCUAGCAGAUGCGUCAUCAUGCGACGCGCUCGGAUUCCCGCGCCAACCCGAACCCUUGUCUUUUGACGGUCCUUCUCGGUUUCAUCCCCAAGGCAUGGCGCCCGAAGAUGAAGCGUACCCUGCGGGCUCUCAUGCGGCCAACCGGCUUGAGCAGCGGCUGCCGCAGCCUGGGGACGGGUUUGACCCCAUCACGACGACUUUCCAGAACAACUACUCUGACGAGGCGCUCUCCGCUUUCAUGACCGUACCUCACUACCCCGAGACCACCAGCACCAGGACCAGGAUCUCCGUGUCUGAAAUCGUGAACGCGGUUAUCGAGCCGGGUGAUCACCGCCGCCCGGGUACCUCUACUCAGGAGAUUUCAGGACUUCAGCCGCCGAUGGAAUUAUACAUGUCCGAUUCGGAGAUGACCGACGCGCUAUCCGAAGUGGGCGGGGUACCACUGAACGAAUAUCAUAUGGAGCAGAUGAGGAUGGCUGAGUUCGCCAACCGGUUCGUCAAUACCCGUACUCAGAACAACUAUAUCGCGGUAUCGGAAACGACCGAGGAAGAUCGCGCAACGGAUCAGGCAAUGGAUCAUGAGCCUCAUACGUCUCGACAAGGGCCAAUCUCGUUCUCGACAACGGAGGAUGAGGAUGAUACGCGCAAGUUCUAUUUAGAUGGCGGCGAAGAUGAUUACGCGACCGACUCUCAUUCUGCUUUCACCGACGACGGCCGCUCGCAUGUAUCGAACGUCGACUUGGACGAUUUCUACCGGGCCCCGGGUUACACGUACGGCUCCCAGGUCUCUGGGUUUGACCCUACUUCCAGCCAUGAGGAUCAUACCAACUCUUCCGACGCUGAGGAUGUCAACGCUGAUCCAGCCGUGGACCCCCACUUCGCAGAGUCUGUCCUACAUGGAACUACGCAAGAGAGAAACUAUGACAUCGACCAGUUCAUUUCACAAUGGCUCUUCCAAUCGUCUACUGCAGCGAUCCCAAUGCUGUCGCUCUCGCCGCCGGCAUUGCCUCAGCAUGCCUUAUCCAAUAUCAUGCGAUGGACGCCGCCGGCGAAAAUUAUUCGCCCAAGCGGUUAUCUUGGAGACUUCUACGACAUCCAGCAGAUUCCCUGGUGGGAGAAACUGCGUGUGAGGCGCGCUGAUGCGCGUCAGCUUCGUGACCAGUCCUACGAAGCGUACCAGAAUCUACAACAAUAUCCCCGACAGCGGGCAGGGACCAGGUUGCCGGAGGAGGAGUUUUAUUUUCAGGGAAAAUCGAUGUACACGAGCCACAAAGCGACGAUCGAGCACUUUCAGCUCCGCAACCUGAUGUCCGUCCCCGCGUACAACACUGUACAUUUUGCGCACGAAUCCAAGUUGUAUUCGUGGGUUCCGGCGUACGACGACCUACAAUGUCUGAUCGAUCUAUCUGUACCAACCGUUGAGUCUGGAUUUCAAGGUCCGGUCAAAAUCUCGACCAUGAAGACGGCUGUAGGGGUAUCCAUCGCUGGCGGCUUUUUCGGAGAAUAUGCCGUGCGGGCCUUGGGAGUUGAAGACAAGGGAGCGCAAGGCUACGUUACAAAGGACCCCAAUGGAAUUACCACCCACAUUGACAUCAUACCAAGUCGCACGAAUCGGUCGCCAAUCGGGGUUUUUGCUUCGAAUGAUCGACACGUACGGACCUUGGAUUGCGAGACCAACACCUUCCUCACAGACCACGAACUCACCCACGCGGUCAACUGUACAUCGACUUCACCGGAUGGUCGGCUCCGUGUCAUUGUUGGCGACUCUCCAGAUGCUUGGGUCGUUGAAGCGGACACGGGCCGACCGAUUCAUCCUCUGCGUGGUCACCAUGAUUUUGGGUUCGCCUGCGCCUGGUCUCCAGACAUGAUGCAGAUCGCCACCAGCAAUCAAGACAAGUCAGCGAUUAUUUGGGAUGUUCGGACGUGGCGCCCGCUGGUGAGGAUAGAGUCCGACGUAGCAGGCUACCGGUCUCUACGAUUUUCCCCGGUCGGCGGUGGCCCGCGGACGUUACUGCUCUGCGAGCCGGCGGACCGGAUAGUGAUUGUCAAUGCGCAGACCUACCGAUCGCGACAAGUCCACGACUUCUUUGGUGAAGUCGGAGGAGCAGAAUACUCGCCUGAUGGAAGCACCAUCUGGGCGGCCAACACGGACGAGCUUUUUGGCGGGUUUAUGGAAUACGAUCGGCGGCAGUGGGGUCAGCAGUUUGGGCUGCAGCAGUCGCCGAACGAAUGGGUCAAGGAGGCAGACCUUGAUGAGGAUGAGCGCUGUAUGUUGAGCGAGCGAGAGCGAAAGUUGAGGCACUUGUGGAAUUUAUCGGACGAGGAGCACGAGAAGUUGCUACUGUGCUAA